UAGCACAAAUUCGUAAACGAGCCGAGGAAUCUACUUUACAACUUGAAAUGUAUAUUGAAUUAUGGUACAACAUUUGACUGCACCACAGGACGUUAAAAUGAAUCAACAAGAAAAACGGGUGAUCCGGGACUUCGCGCCGAUAAUCUUAAAUAGUCUGGAAGUUAAGGAUAUCAUUCCUUAUCUGUGGCAGCAUGGUUUAAUAAGUCAAAGUGUGACAGAAGAAUUACUAGAACUGAACGAGACAAGACGAACUAAAUGUAAGAAGUUUCUGGAUUACGUUUUGACUGUCGACAGCAAGUGUACAUUUGAAGGUCUGCUUAGUGCUUUGAGGUUUAACAACGUUUAUGAUUUUAUUGCGGAUAAACUAAGAAAAGAAUUAGUAUCAAAUGAGCUUUUUUAUGAUUACAGUGAUGCGUUAAAGCAAACAACAACUGUUGAUGAAAAUGCGCAAGGAGACAUGUUGUUCCAGAGUGUUAGAAAAAUUCCAAUAUUAACUAGCGAACGAAAGAGAUUGACUGAGUUUUCCAUUAAACUAAAACAUUUAAGCCAUAAUGCAGAAUUCGACUCACUGGAAAAAGUAACUUGCAGUAUCAAACAAACAUUCUACAAAGACAAAUUAAAUAACAACAAACAAGUCAGAGGUAAGAUGAGUUUGGCGGACAUGUAUUUUUUAUCAAUGGAGGCACUUGUAAGCCUUCGGCGCCAGAAAUAUGAUGCCGCUGAAGAUGCAACCAAUUAUUUUGAAGAAAUGACAGCAUUGAUACCAUUUACAACCGAUCCCAGAAUAAGUAGCAUGCCAUGGACACAAAAAAACGCUUCUGCAGUUGAUGAAGGUCUGUCAUACUUGCAAUUUGCCAAGGAACAUGCCGAGCAUGUUUCGCCUGGAAAGGACACGGGCAUGGUCUACUACAUAGAGACGAAUUUACUUUUCCAGAAGUUCGAAACUAGUCCAUCGGACGAGAUGAAAAACAAACUUUUAAAUACUAUUGAUAUUGCUAUGAGUCAGUUUGCUGAGGAACCGGAAGACGUGAAACGUGAUUUUAAGAGACAGCUCAUGAUCAAGAUGGCGUACUGCUACCUUGGAUUAGGUGUAUUUGGUAACAAAAUUGAUAAGGCUGCAAUCAGCACCAGUGAUAGGACAGAAGCCAAACAAGUUAUUGAUUUUAUUGAGACUUCCGAGAUGUGGGUCGGGAUGGAAAAGCGGCGAAAAAUGUUGUUUUAUCACGUGAAAGCAGAAUAUUAUCGCCAAAUUGGUAAUAUUGAUAUAUCCCGCUUGUAUGCUCGACAAGCCAAUCACCUGGCAGCGAAAUAUAACUGGACGAAGGAAUUGACGAAUAUUUCAUCUUUUCUUAACGGGCUUGGUUCACAAGCUAAUCAAAUUCAGACGACAGUAGAAGACAUUUAUCAGUUGUUAGAAGAAGUUGAGAUAAAGUGA